AUGGCGACAAAUGGAAGACGACGUAAUGUAAAAAACUCUCGGAAAAGAUCGGACGCUUUACUAUUUUUAUCAAGUAUAUCAUUGGACGGUUCUGUUAAAGAAAAUAAUAUUCACAACAACGGGGAGAAUGAGGUGACAAAAGAAUGUGCCGUGGCACCGAGUGCGCCACUGGACGAGCAAAUAAACAGUCGAACGUUGGGAGACGAUGAUGAGGUCCAAGUUCGAGUCCCUGGAAAAAUACCUCUCCAACGAACUCAUUCAGCUUCUUCGCAUACAUCGACUGAAAAAAUUGGUAGCUUAUCGCCGCGUAAAAACAGAGUGUUACUGGUGUCUCACAGGAAAGUACCGUAUGCAAUAUUUUCUGUUCUGCCAUACAGCAAACAAAGUCAGCAUGGAAUUUUCAAAUCGGAAGCUUUCCACCAUGUUGAAGCAAAUACUUCUUUUAGAACUCGUAGACCAUCUGGUCUGAAACCAUUGAGUUUGUCUCAUGAAGACUUCCUGGCAUGUGCUGGAAAGGAAAUCCAAGAUGGCCUUGGUAAAGCAAUAUCAUACAGUCAUUUUUUGGUACCAACACUGAGCAAGGUAGUUGCAUUGCGCCAAAGAUUAAACCAAGAAUCAGGAUACAAUUCAUGUCCUCAAUCUCCAAACUCACCGGUUGUUAAAAAACAAAACCCUUUUAAUCGAUGUAUAUCAUAUGAUCCUAAACUAGUUGGGGCGACAGCGCUGGUCAAUGAAAGGGAAAAUGAAGCUUUACUGAAUGAUGCAAUAUUUUACUAUGAUCCAUAUCAAUUAGAUGAUCCUGAAUUGUGUUCAGGGAAACAUAAAAAACUGCUUACAUUCAGUUCAUAUCGGGUUUCUGUUAUUGACUAUGCGAAACCCUCAGAACUGAAAAAAGAAUUAAAUGACAGAUUUCGGGAAAAGUUUCCGCACAUGCAGCUGACACUCAGUAAGUUGCGAAGUAUCAAGAGAGAAUUAAAAAAGAUAGCUAUGGUACAAAGCCAUCUAGAUGCAGGUACACUGGCACAGGCGUAUGUAUACUUUGAAAAAUUAGUACUCCAAGGAAAGAUCAAUAAAGAAAACAGAAAGAUAUGCGCUGGUGCCUGUUUGCUGUUAGCAGCUAAGUUAUCAGACACUAAAGGUGUGGAGUUACAGCAUCUCAUCAAGGUACAACAAAUACCUGUUCUUAGGAUGGACCACUUUUGA